AUGUGGAGAAUAGAGGUGUUUUCAUCAGUACCAGCUAUUACUCGCUGUACCGGAUCGAUUAUGAAUAAGGACACGGUUUUGACGGCAGCGCAAUGCGUCCAGGGAGUGCCCCAGUCAGAGUUGAAAAUCAUUGCCGGCGUCGCAGAUAUACGCGCCCACUCCCUCCAUAAUGUAAGUGGACAACAACGCGAAAUUGCCCGAAUCUGGGUUCAUGACGAUUUCAAGAGUGUCGAGUCAACGUGGCCGAAUCCGUUGAACCCGAAAGACGUCUACAGCGCGAAAUUCCACGUCAACGACGUUGCUCUAUUAAUUCUGAAAAACCCGCUCGAACGUGUUGCCGAUGAAGUCUGGCCCGUCAUUGUGCCCGAUCCGAAGGCGCCUCUAGACGCUACGGGGGCCUACGAAGCGAUGUUGCUCGGAUGGGGGCUCACCAGAGAAGACAACGGAUCACACAUUGGUUCUCGCGAUCUCCGAAGUGUAGGCGUCAGCCUCGCAUUGCCAAGCGGCAGCACCGAAUGUGUCGGGGAGGAGUACAAUGAGCAAGUCCUCUGCUCUCAAGAUGGAGAGAGGGCAAUACCAUGUUGGGGUGAUUUGGGGGCGCCGGCUGUGGUUUCGAUGGCGGCCAAGCAGCCACCGGGAAUGAAAUUCAACGUGCUCGUGGCUAUGGCGACGAAUUAUGAUGGUGAAUGCGAUGGGUCGGGAACAAAUCGCAUUUACACCGAUACCGACGAUCUGCUUGACCAUCGUCCCGGAAAACACCGAGCCAGCGCAGAGCAGCUGAGGGCCGCCCAGAGACUAUUCGUCAAGCUGAUGGCCGAGUACGAGGAGUCCAGCACCCCCUUCAUUGACUCGGACUUCGCCCCGUCGGCCUCUUCGCUGGGUGAUCUCAACCGCUACUACCCUCGGGAUAAGCCGGAGUGGCGCGAGAAGUAUGAGGACAGCUUGAAGCAAGCCGUCUGGCGGCGUCCGGAAGAUCGAAUCCCAUGCAAGGAGGGCGAGAAAUGGGCGCUGUUCGACAACCCGUCUCCACUUGAUGUUCUGCAGGGCCGCCUGAGCGACUGCUGGCUGCUCGCCGUCCUGUGCACGAUGGCCAAGCAACCGGAGCUGAUUGACGACAUCUUCAUCACCAAGCAGUACAACCCGGCCGGCAUCUACCAGCUGCAUCACUGGCCAAGAGCCAUCAUCGAUCGGCUGCUGCGGGCGAAGCCGUGUCCUCCCGGAACGUACUGGAUCAGUUAUGACUUCCUGUACACGCUGGUGCACUGGGUUCGCGUCGUGCCCUAUCCAUCUGCCGAAGACUUCGAUAGUGAAGCGACCUGGAGCGUGCUGCGCGUGCCGCUUUGGAUUGGCGGGGCUUUUGAUGAUCGGGACAAGUGGGAAGACCUCCUCCUCUGCGUGCAUCGUGUCAACGGCGAUGGCACAGUCGGUCGGCUGGCUGCCUACUCGAAGUGGAAGUCCGACGAGGCGGUGAACAUUGGAGAGACCAAGCUGAAGAAGGGCCUCUACGUGAUCAUCGCGCACUCGCUUGGACUGGUCGGUGUCGUCGGGAAGAAGCGCCGAGCCGCACUUGUUGUGCAUUGCCAUGGCAUCGAUGUGAGCGUGUUGACCGGGAUUUACCGCGACGCGCUGGCGGCCAAGAGCACCACCGUCAAGGAGUGCGACAACUUUUUCCGUCAUGUCUGCCCGCGCGACUCGAAGAAGCUGACGCUGAUUCGGCAGUUGAAAAAGAUUGAAGACGCGCUGGCCGCCGACGGGUGGCGCGACACCGUCAAGGAGUAUCCUCACUGGGAGAAGUUUGUCGAGAGAAACCCCGCCUUCUCACAGUAUCUGCCCGCCGUGAAACGUCAUAUCGGCCUUCUCCGAGCCCGUGUCGAGCAUCCCUUCUUCCGUAGUUUCGAUUAUUCGAGGGUGACCGGCAAACCUCCCACGCUCUUCGGCUCAUUCUUUGCAAGUUUUGACGACGUAAUGGCUGAGUUCAUGGUCGACCCGGAGCAGGAGCCGAAGAAGUGGGCCGAGAUGGCGACCGAAGACGAGGACAACGAGCUGCUGUGGUUCUUCGACAACACGGCCAGCGAGGCGCAGUGGAUCAAGUAUCGCACCAAAGUGACGGCUCUCGCGACAGACCUCGAGAACAUCGACAAACUCAUCGAGACCUACGGCGAAUACCUGACCGCUUUUGGGAUGGACCGUGAGGUCCGCGAGCGUCGCGAAGUGCGCGACGCACAUGCUCGUAAAGCCGCCGAGCUCGCCUCGGAGUAUUACUUUGAGGACUUUAUGAAGGGGCAGCACCUGCGCACCCCACCCCCGGUGCUGUACAUGGCGAUGGCCAUGAUAGCCGCUCGCCACUCGGCUCUGGGUCGCUGCUACAACUCUUCCGGCGACCCGGGGCUGCACUCGCUGCUGAUGGCCCGGCUGGCGUUUGAUCUCGGCGCGAAUAAUGUGGAUGAUUGGCAAAUAGAUGUCGGCUCGGAGCUUGGCCUCUAUGGCAACGACCUCUUCUUCCGCGCCGCCGCCCUUACCUACUGCGACAAGUUCAGUGACGUGCAGGCUAGCCCGAACGGCCCACGCCUAGCACACUACGCCGCGGUCAACGGCGCCAUCAUGCCAUCGGCCGUCUUUCAGAAGACGUACAAGUGUUCCCUGGGCCUCAGCAUGUUUCAGUACAACGUCGACGAUACCUGCAGUCCGUUCCAU